AUGUCCGCUGAAACCAAAACCACCAAGCCCACCAAGCCCACCAUUGAUGUUUCUCCUGCUUGGAAAAAGAUCAUCCAAUCCAAGACCGAUUCUAACAAGCUUUCCCACUUGUCCGUUGCCACCGUUGACGCUGAUAACCUUCCUGUGAAUGAGCUUCUUGUGUACCACGGCUUUGCUGGCGAGGAUAACAAUGGCGAGACCGGUUGGCAAAGUGAUUUGAUUACUGCCACUUGUGACAAGCGUACCUUGAAGAUGGUCGAUCAUAGCAACUAUGCUGCCACAUGGGUACUUGAUGAUCACCAAUUCCGUAUUCGUGGCAAGUUGCAUAUGCUUGGUCAUGGUAUGACUGUUGAAGAUAUUCGUCAUCACAUUGUGCGUAAGAAGCUUUCCAAAGUGAUCAAGGAGGACAUGGAGAGCAACAGCAGCGACGAAGAGGAUGUUGACCUUAGUGACAAGUUGAGCGCCGCCACCAAAUCAUUCCUGAAACGUAUCAAGUCGCAAUUCCAUCGCCAUGGCAAGCGUGCUGUCUUUGACUGGGAAGCUGAACGCCUUCGUCAAUGGCACGAGUUGCCUGAUAAUGUACGUGCUCAAUACACUUGGGAUGUUGCCCCUGGUGAACCAAAGCAGCAACAAGAAGAGGAGCUGCCUCGCAUCGAGAGCUUGGAGAUUGGAGAUACGGAUGCUGAAGGCUGGUUCAAGAACGAUGACCAAGAUAAACAACAAGCUCUUGAGCGUGGCUAUGAAAACUUUGUCGUCUUGUUCCUUGAAGUCACUGAAAUUGACUCGUACUCGAUUUCAGACAACCAACGUACGCUUUAUCGCAAGGAUGGCAACACAUGGGUUAACAUCCCCGUUCACGCAUAA